GGCCCCAGACUGCCUCCCCUGAUAGGGAACGCACGGCUCACCUUUCUGCCUCCCAGGGGAGGAACAGGUGGCGGCGCUGUGGCCUCUGCACCUGCGCGCGGGACCUGGCAGCAGCACCUUGGCCACGCGCCCACUGGACUGAUUCGAUUUGCGGGCGCUCUCCACCCAACCCAACAGAGAUCAAGGCGCCCCAACUGUCAAGUCUGGUGGACCGGCAGGAGAGGUGGGGUGCUGUGUCUCUGGUGGUGACUUCAGUCGCUGAGGACUCAGAAUGAGGGCUCUGCGGGUCUCCCAGGCGCUGAUCCGCUCCUUCUGUUCGACGGCGCAGCGGAACCGUGUGGAGAACCGGGUGCCUGAGAAACAGAAGAUUUUCCAGGUGGCUGCGCAGUGGGCGGGACUCGUGGAGGACAAUGGCCUCCCAGUUUAUUUGAAAGGUGGAAGAAACGACAACAUCCUGUAUUUGGUGACUAUGGUACUGACUAUGGGGGGCACUGCCUACAGCCUAUACUUCCUGGCCUGGGCUGCCUGCCCCCACAAGAAGUGAGACCAAGAAAUUUGAAAUGGCUAGGAUUUUGACAAACACUAAUAAAAAAUGC